UGACAGGAGCUCGUAAUGGGAUCGUUGCUCUAUUCCGCGCUCUUAGCGCUCGGUGCGGUUGGAGUAUUGGCCCAUCGCUUUGAACCGCGAGUCAUUUGCAUCAGUAAGCAGAAAAACCUGAUAAGACAGCAGACGUACAUCCAACGACAACUCACUAGGUUCCAAUAUCAAGUUAAUUCUCUAAGAACUAACUGUCAGCUGACAGUACCGGAUAUUUUAGGCCUCAAACCGCCAACUAGUCCUGCUCCUGGUCCAGUUGGAGAAAACCGUAAUCCACCCAACUACCCACCAGGUCCAACCGAUACAACCUAUCCAUACCUACUUCCACCAGGACCUCCCAAAGAUCCCUCGACUUCAAAUCCUCCAGGAGAUCUAGGAGUAAGCAGUAGACCCUCACCCGAUCCAGGAAUCCCCCCUGUUCCCGGUGUACCUGGUGUAUCCGGUGAAGGCGAACCACCAGAGUAUCCCAACGGACCCUUUGCUCCGAAUCCACCUGGUCGUAAUGAAGUACCACCCAGUGUACCCGGUGGAGGCGUACCACCAGGGAAUCCCAGCGGACCCUUUUUUACGAAUCCACCUGGUCGUAAUGAAGUACCACCCAGUGUACCCGGUGGAGGCGUACCACCAGAGAAUCCCAGCGGACCCUUUUUUACGAAUCCACCUGGUCGUAAUGAAGUACCACCCAGUGUACCCGGUGGAGGCGUACCACCACAGAUUUACAACCCUUACGGUCCUCAAUACGUUCCCGGUUUAUGGUCACCCAACAUCCAAAUUCCAAGCCAAAUCAUUAAUAUGACAAUCGGCACUCCAAUGGUUGUUUAUCCACCGACUCCUUCAAAUGGAAUAACAACAAUUAGACAAACAAUCAUAUCAACAACACCGAUAAUUGAGUAUUAUCUUACACAAAAGGACGUUGAUGAAGAUGCCAGGAUGACGACAGUGAUGUUAAUCAAGAAAUAUGGCUAUCCCGUGGAAACGCACUUUGUGACAACCCAGGACAACUACGUACUUUGCCUUCACCGCAUACCUCGACCAGGAGGACAAGUUGCCCUGCUAGUCCACGGCCUGAUGUCCAGUUCAGCCACUUGGGUGCAGAUGGGUCCCUCUAACGGAUUGGCCUACAAGCUAUAUCAACAGGGCUACGACGUCUGGCUGUUGAACACUCGCGGCAAUCUGUACUCAAAGGACCACAAGAAUCCCAAUAUCAAGCCAACAUCGUAUUGGCAGUUCUCCUUCCAUGAAAUUGGCAUCUACGAUCUGCCAGCGACAAUUGAUAUGAUCAUAACCAUAUCGAAACAGCCAAAGAUUCAAUACAUUGGACACUCGCAGGGCAGCACCGCCUUCUUUGUGAUGUGCAGUGAGCUGCCUCACUAUGCUGAAAAGAUCAUUCUUAUGCAGGCGCUAUCUCCGACUGUUUUCAUGCAGAACACUCAAAGUCCGGUGCUCAGAUUCUUGAGUCUCUUCAAGGGCAAAUUCGGAGUUCUUCUAAAUUUGCUGGGUGGUCUCGAAAUCUCUCGGAACAACAAUCUGAUUGCACAAUUCCGGAAUCACAUUUGCUCCGCCAAUAUUGGCAGCCAAAUUUGUGCGAUCUUUGACUAUGUAAUGUGCGGCUUUGGUUGGACCGAGUUCAACACGAAUCUAACACAACUGGUCGUGGGACAUUCCUCUCAAGGCGCCUCCAGUGUGCAAAUCUAUCAUUAUGCCCAGCUGUUGAGUGGACCGAAGUUCCAUCGCUUCGAUAAGGGUGCUCUGCUCAAUCAAAUGGUGUAUAAGCAUAGCGAUCCACCAUCGUAUAAUCUGACCAGAUGUUCCUGCAAAGUAGCCGUCCAUUAUUCCGAAGAUGAUUGGCUCGCCGGUUCCAGGGAUGUCCAAAUGCUAACCUCACGUCUGCCCAACAUCGUCGACAAUUCGUAUAUUGCUCAAAAGGGCUUCAGUCACUAUGACUAUCUGCUCUCUCGAAAUGUAAACAGACUCGUUUACGGCCGUGUUCUCAGCAACUGUUAUUCGCAUAAGACUACCGUAACUACACAGACACAAACACAGACACAGACACAGACCUUUGUUCUUCCCCUGAGCUACAGUUAUAUAUAAUAAUAGAUAUAUAGAAACAUUAGAAAUAUAUUCAAUAAAUCGGUUGAGGUUUAAUAAUUAUA